AUGGAGCUCUCCGAGAAUGCCAACUCCCUACACUUGCCAACCUCCAUCCCAUUCUGGCGACUUGUUCUCAGCCCCGGUGCUAUCACGCAAGAGGUUGCCGACCACCCUUGUGCUGGCUCAGGGACCGAAGACGAUCCCUAUGUCGUGGAAUGGAUGCCCAAGGACUUUCGAAACCCUCUUCAGUUAAAGACUUCCAUGAAAUGGUUUAUCACCGUGGUCGCCGCCAUCGAGACCUUGGUCGUUGCUCUGGUCUCGUCCGCUUAUACUGGUGGUAUUAUUCAAAUCGAAGAGCGAUUCGGCGCAACCACCGAGGUUGCUACCUUGGGAGUAUCCCUCUACGUACUGGGCUUUGCCUUGGGUCCUCUGAUCUGGGCCCCGAUGAGUGAAAUCUUCGGUCGCCAGCUUGUCUUCAUCACAACCUACUGCGGUUUGACCGUCUUUUGUGCCGCGUGUACGGGCGCGCAGAAUAUCCAGACUCUGCUGGUCUUCCGAUUCUUCUCCGGUGCUUUCGGCUCCUCUCCCCUUACCAACUCGGGCGGUGUUAUCGCCGACAUGUUCAUGGCUCGCGACCGAGGACUGGCCUUAUCGGCCUUUGCCUUAGCACCAUUCCUAGGACCCGUUAUUGGGCCCAUCGCCGGUGGCUUCCUCGGUAUGUCUAAUGGAGGCUGGAGGUGGGUGAUGGGUCUCUUGGCCAUCCUCUGUGGCGUCAUGUGGUUCUUAGGAGCCGCGUUGAAGCCUGAGACAUAUGCCCCCGUUCUUCUCCGCCAGCGUGCAAUGACUCUCUCCAAGCUUACCGGUCAGGUGUACUACAGCAAAUUAGAUAUCGAUCAAGGACGUCUCACGCUGAAAGCCGCUUUGAAAAUUUCUCUUUCCCGACCCAUGAUUCUUCUUUUUCAAGAACCUAUUGUCUUGCUGCUGUCGAUCUACCUUGCUAUCAUCUACGGAACCCUCUAUAUGCUUUUCGGCGCCUUCCCGAUUGUGUAUCAGCUUCAUCGUGGGUGGAAUCAAGGCGUCGGCGCCUUAUCUUUUAUCGGUGUCAUGAUUGGUAUGCUCGCUGCCGUUGCGUAUUCAAUUCCUGAAAAUAAGCGCUACGCGAAACUUCUGGAGAAGAAUGGUGGCUAUGUGCCCCCAGAAGCCCGCCUUCCGCCGUGUAUGCUGGCCUCUAUUGCCCUCCCUUUAGGACUCUUCUGGUUCGCAUGGACUAACUCUCCAUCCGUCCACUGGCUUGCAAGCGUCGCUGCUGGAGUUCCGUUCGGGUUCGGAAUGUUGCUUGUCUUCCUUAGUGUCUUCAACUACCUGAUCGAUGCUUACACCAUCUUUGCGGCAUCUGUCCUGGCAGCUAACACGCUACUGCGGUCGUUAUUCGGAUUUGCAUUCCCACUCUUCACCAAGUACAUGUACGAAGACCUGGGGAUCCAUUGGGCAUCCUGUGUUCCGGCUUUCCUGGCUCUUGCCUGCGUGCCUUUCCCUUUCCUACUCUAUAAAUAUGGACUGUCCAUCCGAAAGCACUGCAAGUACUCUGCGCAGUCUGAGGCCUUUGUUCAAAAUCUUGUUCAGGCAAUCCAAAAAGCCCAGGAGCCUGCCAAUAUUGAACCUGAGAUGUGCGAAACCACAUUGGCAAAUGAGGAAGCCGAAUCGCUCUCUCAGGACAAGGAGAGCCCCACGGAUGUCCACUCAAUUCAUCACACUCUUUCGCGAACUUCUACCAAUGCCACGCAUGCUAUGCAUCGGGUGCCCACAUACGAAGCUAACCCUUACGACAUUGACCGCGUUCAUACACGAGAGUCGUUCAAAUAA